AUGAAAAAUAUCAGUAACCAAGUCAGCACAAAAGACAAUUCAAAAAAUUCCGAUCACUUCUCACAAAUACCCCAGCUAACCAGUUCCAUUUCCAUAAUUGCUCCAAAAACAAAAAGAAUCUCAAACAUCACAAACCAGCGAAUUGAGAUCGAGGCAUCUGAUGUGCUAGACACAAAGCCAUCUGAUUCAUCCUUUUUCAACACUGAAAAUACGUUUAACGAAGAAAAUUCACAUCAAUUCGACUUUUUUUUCAGUUCCUUAGAAGAUUCAGAAAUAGACGAACAGACACACAAAUCUGGCUCAAUCAGAAAAAUAAAUAAAAAACUGCAGGGAGAGUUUCAUGAAAAAAUUUCAAGCUUCAGAGAAGCAUUGAGCCAUGUCCUGUGCUCAAGUGCAAGAGAUUCUGCUAGAAUUUCUGUAUUAAACUCAGAGCUGGACUCUAUAAGGAAAAACAUGUUCGAGGCUAUUGACAUGAGCCACAGCAAUCAUCAUAGUGUAUUCAUUUUUAUAUAAAUUUGAUAGAAAAUCCUGAAGAAUGAUACGGAUAAUUCUUAUAUAUAAAAAUAAUUUAUUUAAUCUAAUAUUAUAUAGAAAGAAAAUCGUGCUUGAGAGUCGACGAAAGCGGCACGCCAAGUCAUUGGAAGCAAAGCUUUAUGAUUGAAAAUGUUCUUAAACAAAUAGAAGAGCUGCAAGAGCAAAUUAAAAUAGUAUCCACUAAAAUAAUUGAUAACGAAAAAGAGAUAGCUCACAAAAACGAAGAAAAUUUGGAAUUAAGGACACAAUUAGAUCAGAUGGAAGCAGAAUUUUUUAAGUAUUUGACGAAUGAUGUCAACACUGAAAGAGCUUCAUGUGUAUGUAAAACAUUUUAA